GUUGUCACAUUGGAAAUAGGCUUACAUCUUAUUAGUUUUGUUUCAUUGGAACAGGAAGAAGUAUAUGGGGAUUGCGAUAGUAAUUAUUCUCGCUAAGAUAUCAUUUUAAGAACCGGAACGUCAUUUAUAAACGAAAGUAUAGCCUCUGUCUGCUCGAACCAGCUUAGUAUUGUUUGUGAAACUAACACGCCAGCAUCAUGAACAGAGAAGCAAACUCUUCAAAACUGACACCUGGUAAUGGUCGAACAAGGAUCAAUGGGGAUAGUAUUUUCCAACACGGACAAGAAGAGGAAGGCGAAAGACCUAUGGAAACAGAUAAUGUCGGUCAAGAAUGCCAUAAUGUGUCAAAUAAAAGACACAUUGCUCAACAAAAUGAUAAGAAGGUUGUAAGCAAUUCUAAUCCGCAAAAUGCUGGAAAGUCUACCAGUACAGAACAAAAAAGUUAUAUUGACCGCACAAUUUUAAACGAAUUUGAUCCUGUUCAACCAGACUAUCGUGACCAUGACCACCAUGGUCACCAUGGUAACCAUAACCAACAUGUACAGCAUGGCCACCCUGGCAACAAUGACCCUCAUGGCCAGUUUGGCAACCAAGGACAACAGAGCAUGGCGAUGAAACAGAUGCAGCGUGCCGCAGAAGCGAGCAAGCAGAUGUUAUAUGGUGUGUACGGAAACGUCGUAUCCAUACUGGAAGAGUACGAGGCAAGGACGCAAAAGAUGAAGGCAGAAAGAUCGAAAAUAGAACUACCUGACCAGUCCCGAAAAACAGUCGAAGAUGUACAAAGCAUUGUUCAGACGCAGCUGUUGUUGUUUGAAACCCAGCAAAGGGCAUGUCCAAAGGAUGUAAGCGCGAGUGUCAACAAGGAACUGAGAAAGAAGACUAUUCAUUGGGCGGCUGUGCGAGAAGAACAUAAGAUGGAAGUCAGCGACACUGACAAAUACAUCUGUCAACUUUACGAGGUUCUGGUCAAGGGGAAGACAAAACAUGAAAUUCUUGAUAAACCCAGGGAUCCCGUCUCUCCCGAGACCAUCAGGGACAAUUUACAGCAUAUCCUCAAGGGGAAACACGAUGCAUCGGAGAUUGACAAGCAAUUCAAAAAAGAUGACACGAAGAAGGCGGUUAGCCCACAAACGCGCCGUUCUGAGCAGGCUUUUGUUACCCUUCAAUUGGGUGCAACUCGAAUGUCGCAAACCAUGCCUGAGCUGGUAGAGGUUCUUGACGAAGAUCUGAAGGAAUUCGGAGCCGAUGGGCCAGAGACAACCAGCGAACUAAGAUAGUCUUCAAGAUUUACAUUCUAUUUGUUCCAUUUCUUAAGGAAAUGAAUUCAUUAAGACGUAAAAGGCAUAAUUUAUACAUUUUAAAAUAGCAAUAGCAUUUCGAGUAUUGGUGAAUUUCCGAUACACUUAAUAAUCUAAUACAUGCAUAUAAUGUUAUGUGUUGUUCUUCUUUUCAACACAAAAUAAAUUUAUAUAUAACCUGCAUAGACACAUAUGACACAACAUUCUGAGAAAGAAAAAGAAAAUGUAUCCACUUUGUAUAUAAAUAUGUAUCCAGUUUGUAUUUAAAUUGACUAUUUUUUCCGGAUAAAUUAUUAUUAUAAACUAUGUAAUAAUGUUUUACAAAAUAUUGUUUUAAUCAUAACGUUCACUGCAUGAUAAAUACUAUUGAGUAUGUUGCUGAAAAUGUGAACAAAUAUAAUGAACAAUGCUUA